AUGAUGCACCCAGCGCAGCACCUCUCGUCGCCAGGAAACUUCCAGGCAAGGGCUGGUUGCGCAGCUGAAGCAGGACUUGCUCCCGAGCCUGACGCCAAGCCACGGAGGCUCGCUGCUGCUGUUGCGUCGGUUGCUGCUGCUGCUGCUGCUGCUGCCGCUGCUGCUGCUGGUGCUGCUGCUGCUGGUGGUGGUGGUGGUGGUGCUGCUGCUGCUGCUGCUGCUGCUGCUGCUGCUGCUGCUGCUGCUGCUGCUGCUGCUGCUGCUGCUGCUGCUGCUGCAUCAGCAUGA